AACGAAAUAAAAACGGGCUUUAACGUGAUUGUUUGAGAUAUAAAAAUCAAGCCCGAUCGGAUGAUAAAAAUUGGUGGUUUAGUGCUUUUGCGACCGUAAUGGUGAAAUCAGUGAAACUGUUUUUAUAGUAGUGUAUGGUGUGCGUGUGUCUGUGUAGCUAUAGGAGGGAAGAAGAAGGAGAAAAAACCACGAGCGCCAACGGCAAAAAUGAUGACUGACACAUAUCGUUUUUAAAUAAAAAAAAUAAUACAAUUAGACAUGCCAAUAACAUGGCUGGUACACAAGCACAGAGACCCACAAUCUCUCAGCAUGAGGGUACCAGUGCUACACGUUUACGAACAAAUCGAACAAAUGCUCAACACUCACAAACGACUGUUAUCACAACGACACAAAGUGGCCCGAAUUCACAAUCGCACCAGUACGCGAACACGAUUGGUUGCAGUUCGAGCAGUGGAAACGGAACAUCCACAAUUGCAAUAUCGACCAUUACGACUGCACCAAAUCCGAGCCGACAAUUGCUCGAAUCAUCACAAUUGCUUCAAGAGCCACAGCAUGUCGAAAUCGUACUCAACGACGACAACGACGAUGCUGAGCAAAUUGCCGCCGAAAGAGAUGCUGCCGAACAUACUACCAAAAGGGUUCGACAUCGUCGACACAAACGUCCGUUUUAUAGACGUGUCUUUAAUUACAUAAGAACCGCUUGGACUGGAGUAAAUUUCUCAUCGUCAAACGAUUCCGAAUUAGAAGAAUUAGAAACCACGCCACGAUAUCGCCCGGAUUCACUAAGUGCAUUAAGUCGGUCAACCCGUUUUUCCGAAGCAGAAAUCAAACGAAUUUACCGUGGAUUUAAGGCCGAAUGUCCAACUGGCGUUGUUAAAGAGGAUACAUUCAAAAUUAUCUAUUCGCAAUUCUUCCCGCAAGGAGGAGAUAUAACCGGAGCGAAUACCGGACUUUACGCACAUUAUGUGUUCAACACUCUCGACUCGGAUCACAGUGGUAUUGUUAGUUUUGAGGAAUUCGUUCAAAAUCUUUCAACAUUGUUACGUGGCACAAUGGAAGAAAAACUACGUUGGGCAUUUCAACUAUACGAUAUAAAUGGCGAUGGAUUUAUAACACGAGAAGAAAUGACUGAUAUUGCAAUUGCCAUUUAUGAGCUAAUGGGACGCAAUCCAGAAUCGAUUCACACUACACCAGAUCCCGAUCAAAUUAAGGAUAAAGUUGAGAAAAUUUUUACGAAAAUGGAUCUGAACCGAGAUGGAGUCGUUACUCUGGACGAAUUUUUAGAAUGUUGUCGCAACGAUGAGAUGAUUUCGCGAUCACUUCAUGUGUUCGAUUCUGGCUUCUGACAAGAUGCCCAGGUGUCAGACGAUCCACCAGCACAGCAACAGCCCAUCACAAAUAAGAAUGGCGGACCGGCUUUAAUAACAGGUAAAAAAAAAAACCAAUAGAUCAUCAUCGUCUGCACCGAAAACCUAUCACCAUCACAACCAACAGCACCAUCCAAAUUUCCAGCAACCAACACCGUCAGCAUGCCAAUACUCACACAAUUACCAAUAUAAUCAACCAAUUUAUCAUCAGUAUUAUCCGCAACAGAAUCACCAUUACGUUGGCAAUAAUCCGUAUCGGCAUCAUGCGAGAUACCAGCCAGAACAUAUGCGACCUCGGCAAUAUGAAGCGAAUGGUUUCAGUGGGCAGCCUCAUUCACAAGCGGAUAAUUUGCAAACACCAUCGACAUCAUCGCUUUCGGGUGUACAAUCGCUGCAACAGAGCGCCUCGCAACCAAGCUCUCAAGAGCAAAUUCAAUUACAGCCAUUGCACGUUCGGCCGGAUUCACCGUCACUGGUCAAAGUGAAAAGUUGGUACACAAUGUCAAAGCGUGACGUUUGUUAGCCGCCGCGAAAUGAUUUAACGAAGCAGUUUGUUUGGUCCAAAAUUUUUUUUUUCUUCAAUUCUCUGUUGAACAACACAAUAAUCGAAUUGAAUUUACAGAUCGAAUGUGUUUUUAGCUGUGCUCAAACAAUUCCAGUGUAUCAAAUUUUUGAAAUUCGGAAAAUAGAUGUAUCGAGCUAUGGUUGAAUAUCAGGUGCGUAUACUUCGUAUAGAAAGAUUGGAAUAGUUCAAGUAACUGCAACAACAAAAUAUGUAUUUGCAUGAAGGAAAAAAAUACGUACGUAAAAUAGAAGUUCAAACAAAAAAGAAUCCUGGCUUUAAAAAAAUUAAGUGAAAUGGUUCGUAUGUGUGUGUGUGCAUGCACGCACACGGAAAAAAUUAAUAUUGAGUUCUGCGGACUAUUUUUGUAGUAUCUGAGUAAAUAUGAAAUAUAUUGAGCAAUGUCUAUGAUUGUCGCAGAUCUUGAAAACGAAUGUACAGAGAAAAAAAAGUGUUCUGUUAUUGAUGCUCUUCAGAAUGAAGCGCAGCCAAAAUCCAAUCCACACAAUUAAGUAAAUGUUUAUAUAUGAGUGUUGUUAAUUCAAAAUCCAAUCUAUUAUAAGAUCGAAAAAGGAUCAAAUAUAUAUAUAUAUUUAAUGAAGCCAACAAGAUGGAGAGAAGAAGAAGAAAAAAAAUCGACAGAAAAAAAAAACUUAGACAAAAAUUCUAUAUUUAAAUGUUAACAUUCACUGAAUGACAGAUUAAAAGAGAUUAUCUAUUUAAAUGGAAAAAUUACCAAUUGCGAAUGCCAAUGGAAUCAAUUUGAAAAUAUAUUUUAGUCGAAGGCCAUGCUGAUAAUUUCCAGCGACAAGAUUAUUCCACAUGGCACUUUGUAUUGAAAAAAUAUUCAAAACGACAUAUUUAAUAAGUUGAUGAACUUAUGAUAGUGUUUAAUAGACCAAAACAAAUGAAGAGAAAUAAGAAACAAAUGAUUUCAUUUAUUAUAUAUACUUAGUUAAAGAUAUAAAUCAAGCUAAACCAGAGACAAAAUGAAGAAAAAAAAACAAAAGAAAACUCAUUGGAUCAAAAUCUUAACUAAUAAAAUUCCACAUAAGAGAGAGAACUAAAACCAAAUAACAACAAUUGAAACUAGAAACUAGCCGUUUAAUUAAGUGUUUUUAAUCGAAUACAAAGCAAAUAAACGUUUAUCUGUUCGUAUUUGCAGAUAUAUUUAGACAUUUAUAAAUUUGUGUACAAUUAGCGGGGAAUGAAACAAAAAAAAUCAUUUAAACAAAAUGACAAAGUAUAUGAAAUGUUUUUAUUGAAAGAGUUUUAAGAGAUGCGAUAUCGAAUGCGCCAGCUACUGUGGCCAAAAUCAAACGGACACAUCAAAUCGGUUCUCUGAAUUUAUGUUAUAAAUAUGCGCAACUUUGGCACUAAAUUCACACUUUCCAUUGUUAAACGUGAAUACGUGCCGAAGGCAGCACACAUUCACAGAAAAACAUUUACCAAAAAAUGCCAAAAAGCAAUUUUCUUCCGAGAGAUAUCCGACGCUUGAAUCGCCCCACAUUAUGGUCCAGUGUGCUGUUUGAACACCAGAAACGGAAAACAUUUACAUUUUUAUCGCAUAACUUCUCAAUGUGUAUGGCUUUUCGCUCUUCUCCUCCAUAUUGGAUUCGGAUUUUAAGAACUUAACAGAAGUUUAAAAAAAAAAUCUCAUAAAUUCAUACACUCACCACAUCACAAAAUCAAAGUCCUCCACCUCAAACACCACAUAAAUGAACAAAAACAAAAUAUGUAGACAAAAAUGUUCGGCUUUCGGGUAAAUGUGCAACGACUGCAAGCACAUUCGAUUUGCUUGUUUGUGUCUAUGUACGUGUGCGAGUACAACAACUGCUCGCCCCCUCACAAAACAAACACAACUCAAUUUGAACAGUUGCAUCAGUCUGUUGCACAUCGUUAUUGAAUUCUUCACCUAAUAGAUGUCUUAUCUUUUUGCUAUAUGAAAAAAAAAUCAGCAACGUAAAAUAAAAAUGCUGAGGAUGUGUGGCGAGUGGAAGACCGUUGUAAUUUCCCGUUGUGAUUGCCCGUUUUGAAGAUAUCUCUUUAUCGAAUUCGAGUUAAAAUUUCCAAUAUCGAGACGGUCUCUGAAAAUACGAUGAUUAACAAUGGGAAUCAUUUCUGCGUCACAUACAAACCACAUACUCGGCACACAUUUUUCGGCGAGAAAAACAUUUCGUAGUUACUCUGAAUGUGUUAUUGGGUUAAACAAAACAAAAAGGAAAACUUUUGUAAAUAAUAAAUACGACGCUAGAAAACAAUGUUUAAACAGUACAAUAAAAUUAUGAAUGUUCAACAUUAUGUGAAAUCAAAACAAAGUCAAAACAAACAAAAAAUAUGAUGAUUAAUUUCCAAAAUAAAUUUUUCAUUUACGUUACAUUGGUCUGUCCAACAAAGAGUUUUUUUAGUUCUUAUUUUUCGAAGAAAUGAAAGAAAAAUCAUGGUGCAAAAUGGAUUUGUUAAAAUGUAGAUGUAUUUUAGCUGCGGGUGCUGAAAACGUAAAAUCAAUUGUCAAUCCGCUCGUAUGAUCUCAUUUUUGAUGAAAUCCCCGUCAAUGUUGUGAUUAGCGACAAUGCAUUGUUCGUUCGAUGUACCCGUAUGCAAAUUUUCUUCUGUUUUUUUUUUUUAGAUUUUGUAUAAGAAAUUUUAGGAUAAUAAUAAACAAAAAUGUAUAUAAAUAUAAAAAGGUAUCCACACAACAAAAAAAGAACAAA